AUGUCUCACGAGGAGACGCUGUGUCGUCGGUGGUCCCGCCAAAUAAGAGCGGUUCCAGUAGGCGUGGGGCGCCCUACUGGCAGAAAUGGAGCCCACAGUACUCAGGUGGCAGCUCGGGCUCCUAGCCCCAAAGUGAUUCAUACCCACUUCAAUGCCACCACCAUGCGCGAUGAUUCGAGACUGAUUAUUAUCAGUCUCAUCGUCGCUGGAGUGAAGCGACCACUUCGGAAAUUGUUGGAUUCUGGCGCUUCCAACAACUUCUUUCGUGCAUCCUGUUGGUCACUUCUCCCGUCAACUGUCACGGUUCGAGAAGGUCCAGGUGACAUCGUUGUCAAACUUGCCGAUGGACAACCAAAACGUGUCCCGCGUAAAACAGUGGUUUUACCGUACACUUUCGACGGUUUCCAGAGCAACGACGAAUUUUUGGUGUACGAGAUGAACUAUGCAUUUGAUUGCAUACUUGGGAUACCGUGGCUGUCACGGUAUCAGCCGAAAAUAGAUUGGCUAUCUCGGUCCGUCAAACGACGAAGCGGUUAUGACGUCAGUGAAGUGUUUACUCAUUUGUUGGUCGCUUCAUCCGAUUGGCCUCACGUCAGGGUCGUGAACGAACUCGCCACGACUAGUAGUCAACACAGAGAGAGCGAUGGCCCUCUGUGCGUAGUAUGUUCCGUUACACUGACGGAGCCACAGAACGAAGCGGUCGAACAGCGGUUCCCGCAUACACAGACAUCGACAUCGGUCGAACAGGGGUUACCGAUUCACAACGAGGCGGUCGAGCAGGGGCUCCCGCAUACAAGCACAUCGGACGAGCAGAGGCUCCCGAUCAAUUUUGAGGCGGUCGAGCAGGGGCUCCUCAGAUUAAUAUCGAGGCGGUCGAGCAGGGGCUCCCUCAAUACAAGUGAGGCGGUCGAAGAAGAGCUCUCGCUUUUGAGUGACGUGAAUGGGCGGACUAUGGAUCCGCAUGAGACCGACGUGGUGAAGACAGAGCUCCCACGUCUAGAGGGGGUAGAGAGAACACCGUGCACUGCUGCAGAUAUCACAUCUCUGCCAGACCUUGCAUGGAAAGACUUCCUUCAUGACCUCAAGGCCGGCGACAUCGAGCAAGUGUGCAUUGUUUCAGCCACCGAAGCAGCCAGUGAAGAAGUUCUGGAGUCUCGCUCACAAAGAGCCGAGCCUAAAUCAGUGCGCGAAGAACGCUUAGCGGCACGGUCUUGGGAUGCUCUUCGUGCUUUGUGCAACCCUGUCUACGAUAUCGCCCGUGAGUACGCCGAUAUUUUCCCGGAAAAAAAUUCAGCUGAGCUUCCAGCGGAUCGUGGAGUGCGGCACGAGAUAGAUCUCGUGCCAGGAUCGAAAUACUGCGUGAAACGGCAGUGGCCGUUACCGCGCGACCAAGUAAUCGCUAUUGAUGAAUUUUUCGAGGGUCGUCGCAAGGCUGGCCAUGUCCGCGAGAGUAUCUCGCCACAUUCGAGCCCGACUUCUGUGAGAAGAAAGCCACCGGCGGUUGGCGCAUUGUGCACGCCUUCAACAAGCUGA